UAGCUCAAACCGCAGUAGUCCGUGCGUUCUUUUGCUUCAGUUUGCCAUUUAUGUUUUGUGUAGUUUGCCAACCUUUUUGACAAAUGGCCGAUUUUGACAAGUAAACUAGUGCGUCAAAGCGGUGCGAAGGAUACUACCUGCGGCUGCGAUGAUCAGGCGUUGAAAAUAAUGUGGUGUGAUGUGCGACAGUGGUGAAGUUAUCAUAAUAAAGUCGAAAUCAGCAGGAAUACUCUACAACAACGAAAUGACACUUAUCCCCGAGACAAACGUCCAAAGUAACGAGCACUCAAAAUUGAAACGGACCUUUACAUUGCCUAGGAAUCCGUUCGGUUCGACGAGGAUGUCGAAGCGGAGACCGAAAACGAAAGAAAGCGACACGGAUUUGAAAAUAGUCACAAACGAAGCCGACAUGAAUAAUAAGAAAGUGUUCAGGCGGCCCUCCAUACGAAAGUUCAUCAACAAAAUAGCACAGCAUAUUGGGGGAGUGCCGGGUAUCAAUCAGACUAUGGAAAACAACAGGGUGCCCCCUGUGGGUUUACAGACUUGGGGGCCCGACGACACGCCGGGCGUCACGGGGCUGAAAAACCACGGGAAUACUUGCUUUAUAAACGCGGUUUUACAGUGUAUUUCUCACACCGAUGUGCUAGCAGAAUAUUUUGUUUUAGACAGGUAUAAGGUGGACUUGUCGCGUAGGAACAAACUCAACUCCAAGAAAUUUGGGACCAGGGGGGAAGUCACCGAACAGCUGGCUCUCCUAUUGAAGGCCCUUUGGGCUUGUCAAUACAACCCUGAAAUGAGCACAGCUUUCAAGCAGGUCGUCGAGAGACACGGCACCCAGUACAAAGGGACCCAGCAACACGAUGCCUUAGAAUUCCUGCAGUGGUUGCUCGAUAAGGUCCACGAGGACCUUAACACUGCUUCGAAGAAGAAGUUCAAGUCUAUAAAGACCUCAGGGAGACCCGAUGAAGUGAUAGCGGCGGAGACGCUGGAGAACUACAAGCGAUGCAACAACUCCUUCAUACAGGGUGUUUUCCAGGCGCAGUACAGAUCGUCCCUCAGCUGUUCGAGGUGUCGUACCCAGUCUAACACCUUCGACCCUUUCCAGUGCAUUUCGGUACAGCUUCCGCAGUUCCACAAGCAUUCGAUUUAUGUUACCGUGUUGUACACAUCCCAGCAGCCCAGGCAGGUGCAGAUCGGCUUGAACCUCUCAUCGAGCGCCACGGUGUCCGAGCUACGUGAUAUUCUAGAGUCUGAUACCUCGAUCGAACGUGCCAACAUGCUCAUUACCGAGAUAGGCGACUCGGGCUUCCUGAGGACCUUCACCGAUGCCCAACCCGUCAGCAUCAUAACCGAGAUCGAUCCGAUAUACUGCAUAGAAGUCGCCCAGCUCAAGGACGUGCAGGAGGAGUCCACCAGCGCCUACGUGCUCCUGUGCUGGAUCAACGUGCUGGUGGACGAUAACGAUUGCCAAAGAUUCGGAAGCCCGUAUACUAUGCAAGUAUCGAGGGAAACUUCUUACGAAGAUUUGCAGAAGCUGGUACUGAAAGAAAUGGCUCCAAUUCUACACGAUGAUGUCUUAACAUCGUCCCAAUACAGGGGGGUGUUCAAAAUGAGAAUUUCGGACCCCGCCUGGAACGACAACGAGCCCCCCUGCUACCUGGAACCGGAACUGGAACAUCCCCUGUUCAUGGAGGCAGUCGAUCAGGCCCUAGCGCUCUGUAGCGAAGAUGGGGGUCCUCCACACGUCAAGCUCGUCCUCGAGUGGACGUCCGAGUCUAAGGUGUCCAUAAUCGCCGACGACAACGACUUGGUGGAGGAACAUUCCAGCGUGAAGAUGCUCCGGGCCCAGGCGCUUCAUGGUGGUGCUCCUUUGACAUUGGAAGAAUGUCUGCGGGAUUACACCGAAGCGGAAACCCUGACGGACGCGUGGCGGUGCCCCCACUGCCAGCAGUACCAGCCGGUCGUCAAGACCCUGGACGUUUGGUCUCUCCCCGACAUCCUCAUCGUGCACUUCAAGCGGUUCAGGCAUUUUGCCAAUUUCAGACACGGUCUGCGCGGCGGCAAUAGCGCCAAGCUCACCACCAUGGUGGACUUCCCCAUGUACGGCUUCGACAUGACGCCUCACUUGGCCAACAAGAGGAACACCCUGAACAGGAACGAAUCGUUGCCCGAUAACGAGGGCUCAGUCAUCAUAAACAAUGGGUGGUCGCCGUGGAGGAGGGCGAGGAAGCAGUCGAAUUCCAGCGAUAACAUGUACGACUUGUACGCUGUCUGCUACCAUCACGGUACGGAUCUAGAAACGGGUCAUUACACUGCCGCCUGCAAGAACCCCUACGAUGGGCAGUGGUACCUGUAUGACGAUGCCAAAGUGGUCAAUCUCAGCAAGCAGUCCAACGAUAUAGGUUCGCUGCUUGUGAACAACAGCGCCUAUAUCUUAUUCUACCAGAAGAGGAACGGCAUCUACGUAGGGUCGAGCUCAAAUUCCAGCAGCGCGGCGAGUACCAGCUCGGUGGGGUCGUGUCAGGACCACUGGGUGUCGCGGAUGCCGCGGUUCGUCCCUCCAAAGUACGCCGUCAAACAAAGCGAGGCCAAACCCGUAACCAAAGAGGAUAUCUUCGAGGAGAGACAGCACCACGUCGACGUCAACGAGGACGACGAGGAAAGGUCCAAGGCCGCCGAGGAGGUGGCGUUACGGAAUUCCCAGAACACCCUCCACAGCAGCUGUAACAGCGUUCGUAAGUCGCUGGAGACCAAAUCGACCAACACCGAGGUAGCUAGGAAUUCUCCCAGUUUGUCCCAGUUGAGCGUCAACAGUAACCACACGCCCGUCGAGCCGAGGAAACAAGUCUACACCACCAGUAUCUAUAUUAACUCGACGGGGAAUUUGAACGUGGAGUCGUCGAGUAAUAAAUCGCCCGUUCUCAGUUUGCAUAGGGUGAACGGGGUGGCGCAGGACGAGCCGGACGUCCCUUUGAGGGAGAACUGCACGGAUAAGAAGAAAGACGUCGUUUAUACUACCACGGCCGCGAUACACAGGCAUUCGGAUAGCGGUUACCCAGCGAAGAUGACUGAACAGCCGUUACGGAGUCAAUUGAAUUUCAUGUCGCCUCAGCCCACGAGGAAGCUGCACCCCUUACCGCAAUCCAUGUAAGCGUAAGAAAACUUCUAGUUCUAAGGAGAAAAGAAGCAGAUGUAUUUAUGUAAAUAUUUAUUUAAGCACAUGAAGUAGUUUUAAUAGAGUUACACCGUUGCCUUGUAGCAAUACAUACAAGAACUCCUGUUUUAUCGAUGUAAUCUUAUGAAUUUGGGUUUUUUAAAUUAUUAUUUAAUUAAAAGUGUUUUGUUUAUAAUAUUUUAUGGAUUAGUUGUUUUUGUUUUGAAAUAUUUUAUAGUACCGUGUGCAGAUUUUAUUUACUAUUAAGUAAUUCCUUGUUUGUUUAUGGACACUCCCCAGAAUAUUACUAAGCCAAUGCGUAGGGUGUAAGUUGAACACUGAUGGUGAUAUUAAUAAUAAUUACGAUAAUAUUUAUUCUAAAUAGACCGUUUUUUUCUUAUAUUUGUUUUUUUUUCUGUUUUAUAUGUUACAGUUUUAUUAUUAAUGUUCAAUUAAAAGCGAGCUUGCAAGGGCGAUUAGGCUAAAAAAAUUGUACGCUGUUCAAAACGGGGAACGUCAACGACGUUCCACUUUAGGUUGUAAAAAUUUAUAUCAUGUAACGAGAAUUUGCUAGUCUUGCAAAAUUUAUGGUAUGAACGUUUUCUAUAUGUCUUUAUAUAAAAAAUUAUAUAUCUUUCAAUUUGUGUAUAUCCAGUAGCGUAGUAACAUUGUAACAUGUAAAACGUGCCUUAUAUAACUAUAUUUGAAUUUUUGUUUACAUCACCAGAUCAAUAAAGAUUGUGUAUAAAA